UCCGGCGUCGCCGGACCCAUGCCCAGCGUGCAAGUCUAGUGUCUCAUCCCCAAGUCCCUCCUUCAUCAUCAGAGAUAGCGCGCUCUGGCGUGCUCCCCCGACGUCUACACGGGAAGUCGAGAUGACCUUGGUGCGAACACUUGGGCGUCGAUUAACUCUGACGCCCACUUUCGCCAGACACCACUAGGAGCAUCCCUCAAACCAUGGCAAUCCGCGUAUCGUGCCGACAUACGACCCAAAGCAAACGCAGCCGUUGUCCCAUCGCUCUGCCCUGCCAAACGCUCGUCCUGUCGACGGUGGCGAAGACCGCGCGCUCAAACCCAGCACCAUUUCAAACGACGACUCACUCGUACGCGGAACCGCCACCUCUGCGACCCGGUCUCGGGUGCCCUGUCCAGGUCGAGGACGAUCUGCGCGUGGGCCGACGCACAAGCAGAAGAGCGCAGCUCGUCGACGUGUGCCCAUCAUCAUUAGACCGAAAUUCACACGCCGAGACGAGUCGGGAGCGUAUCUUCGUCUGCAUCUCCGACCUUUUCGACCUGGUGCGAGCGCUAUAGCUGCAGAACUCAUCCGACAAUCUGGCUCGACCACGGAUCGGCCGAAUACGUUUCUUCGGCGCUCUAUUUAGCCUGAAAGCUCCCCUUAGCGGACUUGACCUCGCUCUCCGAAGUUGCGUGACUUGAAAGUGUGGCUUCGGCGUCUCAUUGCCAGCGUCCGCCUAACCACAGGGCACGCUCUUCGAGAAACUGCGCUUUCGGAAUGGCUGCGGC